ACAGUCAUAUAUCAUGUGCCUGGAAAGUUAAGAAUGUUAUAUAAUAAUAUAUCUACAUGUAUUACAGGAAACAUGUAUGAUGCGUAAUGGCGCAUUAUAUAUCAAGACUGUCGAAGGAGAAGUUUUCUGAAUAUCUGAAGCUUGGAUUAGCCCUGAAAAUAACAAAAGAAGGGUUACAAGGCAUCGUUAAAAAAGAAACAAAUGAUUUCCAUUGCAUUAUUCUUCAGGAAUUAAUUGGAAAACAGCUUUGUUCAGAAUGUCGAAUCGAAAACCUUUUGGAAUGUCCUUCAACCGGGCUCUGCUCACUAAAACAUUGUUCCUUCCAUAGCUUAUCUUUGAGACAACUACGCCGAUGUCCAAAUGGCAGCUGCAACAUCAUUAGAGACAAAAUCAGAGAAAAUUUCAGAUAUAAUAAAUCAAGCAUACCAGAACCAUCUUGGAGCAAUACAAAUGCCCAACUGUGGACUACAAACGCUUUCCAAGUGAUGAAAUGUUAUUUACCUAGGAGCAAGUAUCAGGGGAUAGGGAAAAUAGAAGAUGUUGACUUGAAUGGCCUUAUCAAUGUUAUUAUAAACAACAAGAGGUUUGAUAAGAUCCUUUCUGAUGACCUUAUUGAAAAGGACAACAGUUAUAUCAAGGUUUUGGAAAUUGAAAAAUACUAUCGCAACUGUGACAGUCUUACGAUUUCAGAUUGGCAGUUCACAGAGCAUUUAAAAGAAAUGAUAAAACUACUAAAAGGAACAUCAGUAUUAAUGCAUAACCAAGGAGCACAACAAGCUGUAACUAAGCUCGAACAGAUUAAAUCAGAUACAUUGAUUGUCAACACACAGACACUUACUGAAGUUUUAUCCGAAUUGAUACUUUCAAUAACAAAAGAUGACGAGGAAAAGGCAAGACGAAGAGGAAAGCAUAAAAAGAGAAGCAUUCAAAAAAGUACGACCAUACCAAAAUUAAGGUUAAAUCUGCUUUCUGGAUGCCAUGACAUAUUUUCACGAGACCACAGAAACAUUAAACUUUGUCAGCUAGAAUCGAUUAUUUCAAAACUACGCGGAACGAUCCACGAACUUCAAGAGAGCGUGAAAAAAACGAAAAUGUCAGAGAACAAGGAAAUGGAUAGUGGCGCCACCCAACGUAAACGUAUAAAGUAUGAAGCAAACGACACAACCAUGCAAUCUUUGUUUCCUGAGAAGUCUUACGACGAAUUAAAGACCGACCAAGUGAAGACUGAUUGGGAACAAUGCCUUUGUAAAGAUACAGAGUUUUCCAAGAAAAUAGCUGAACGUCUUAUAAAAAGUCGUUAUUUCCCUGAACAGCAAGCACUUAAUGAAAUUUGUAAAAAGUUUGGCAGAGAAGAGAAAUUAAUAAAGACUAUUUGCACUGAACUUGCUGCAUCAAUCAAAAACAAAUCUGAAAAGAUUGUUCAGGUUAUACCGUCGUAUUAUAAAGAGAGUGAUCAAAGUGAGAAAAUUAUAUUUGUAAUUUGCACCAAAGCAGCUUUAUCUCGAGCAGAAAUGGGAACAGUAAAACAGUACUCACAUAAGAUAAGACCAAUAGGAGAAUACAGUUUAGAGGGACAAGAAGUUUUACAAAACAAACUGUUUAUGGAACAAAAUCUGAAGCUAAAGGAAUUAGAAAAUCUAAAGAAAUGUAUAAACAAACACGCUGAUAUGUUGCUAUCGAAACACAGACAAUUAUCUAUUAUUGCACCGAGCGCUUUGAGGUCGAAAUUCUAUGGAACGAGUAAGGCUACGAUCAUUCGAGAACCUUGUAUUGUUCUCUUUGUUCAUACAAAGAAUUACAUACCUAUUGAUGAAGAACCUUUCGAUGACCAUUAUGAAGGUAUUCCGAUAGAUGUUAGGGAGGGCGGCUUCAUGACCCAUCCAAGAAUCCCUUCCGGCGGAGAAAUAUCUGAUGGUUUGAAGAUGGGUUGCAAUAUAGGAAGCGUAGCGUGCGAAAAGUUUGGAACACUUGGUGGAUUCAUAGAACAUCCGAAAUACGGUCUUUGUGGUUUAACAUGUGCACACGUUCUGUUGAGCAACGAGUGGAUGGGUGAUUUAAAACAACAUGGCUCGAUGAAGUGGCCAACAUUUCAUCCUGUCGAAGGUGUUACUCAUCCAGGUGGAACAGCAAAUGUAGUAGGGCGACUCGUUGAGGCUGUUUAUACCAAAGGUCAAUCUGAACAGAGUGGAAUGGAAAUCGCCUUGUUCCAGAUAGAAGAACACCGUCCAAGCUCAGGAAAGUUUCAUGGAAAUGACGAUAUGGCAUUUGAUAGUGGAAAAUCACACGAUGUGUCUGUAUUAAAUGAUGUACCCGUUGUUAAACUUGGAAGCACAACACAUAAAACCACCGGACAGUUUAUCAUGAAAGAACCUGCAACUACGGUAAGAACAUUGACAUAUCGGGCUAAUGUUGGGAACCAUGAGAUUACUUUACACAACCAGCUAGAGGUGAUGCCACAUAAGUGGUUUUCAAAAGGGAAUAGAUUCUCAAAGCCUGGGGACUCCGGUUCUCUCGUUUUCAUGGAAAGAUCAGAUGAAUAUAUCUGCGUGGGUAUGGUCGAAGGUGGAACAUCUUACGGGACAUCCAUUGUUACACCCAUUUUACCUAUACUCCAGGCGUGUGGAGUCAAUUCAUUAAAAAGUUUUGAAACUGCUAACUUAUAUAAACAUCUCAGUAAUCUUACGAGCACAGUAACGAAAAUGAAAUCGGAUAUGGAUCAACAUUUUCCUCUAAUAAUGCAAAUGUACGAAGAGAUGAAAAGGAGAAAGGACAAUCAAUGAAUCACUUUUUUUCAAUAAUUCACUCACUUGUACUUUGAGACUUAAUAGAUUAAAUUCUUACUCUUCACUCGAUAAGCGCUGAAACCCUCUUAACGGAAGAACAUAGAUUUACUCUACCAUGUUUUUGGAACUGUUCAUUUAAAUUUAAAAGCAGCCACGCCACUAUUUUUGUUUAUUUUCAAUGAAAACUUGAAAUUGUUUAGAUCAAUAAAACUGAUGUUAAUGAGAACAAAUUAAUUGAUCAUACUCUAACUUAUAAUGCACUUUGUAUCCAAACACUGAAACAGAUUGUCUUAGAUUAGUCAAACAUGCAUAUAUGCAGAAAUUAUCUCGCUUCAUAAGGAAAGUUGUAAAUUUAUGGUAACAGAAAUUACACAUUCUGUCAUUUUUUUGCACAUUAAAAAUAUUACCUUUACUUGUAUUUUAAAUAUACAUGUAACAUAUAUGUCUAGCAAUUCAUUUCAAUACACUAAAGGACUAAAUGCUACUUAAGUCGAUAAAUGCAAGAUAAUGUCCAGUCAAGUCAUGUACAAACAAUAUAAUGUCAUUAUUUUUAUGCAAACAUUAUCUGUAUAGUAUUGUGUUUACCUUGUUAGCUCAAUGGCGUCCGAGAUCACCAAUCUUUCAUUCAUCAACACUUUUUAAAACAACAUCUACUGUUAUUACUAAGUUACCUUGUUUUGAAAAAUGUGGCUAUAUUUAACAGUAGAGAGAAAGAAAGUUAUGGAUUUUGUUAUUUACUUUAUGUUCAUAUUUUUUACUAUCUUCGUUUUAUAUUUUAAAGUGACAUCAUGCUCAUUUUAUCUUUGUGAAGCUGAGAUAAAUUAGUUGUAUAUUUCAAAAGAUUGACUACUUAAUUGCAAUUGAACAAUAAUAAAUAUAUAAAUGUUUAGAAAUAAAUUAUGAAAACUGCCUAAAUAUAAAAAAGGAAUGACCCACACUUUUAUAAAUUGAGUUAUACCUAUUCUUUCCAAAUGAUAUUUAUAUAUAUUGGAUCAAAACAUAGUUAGGUUUUAGAGUUAGGUAAAAAAAGGGUUGUUGAUUACUAGUAUUCUUGUGAUGUUUAUUAUUGAAAACAGUUAUAACAAAAGAUAAAGUUUUUUUUUUAAUUUAACUUGAACACUCGCCAAAAUAAUGAUAUUUUCACCUGAUAAUAGUUUCAAGAUUUGAGUUUUUUAUUUCUCAGAACAAGUAUGAAUAUUAUUACAACAGCAUUCAUGUAGUCAAUUAUUAGAAUAUGUAUGUACAGUAAUGUUUAAAACAUAGUCAAAACGUGAAUACGCUUCAAAGAUAUGUGGCAAUCUUAACGAAAAACGAAACAUAAGAAGUAUAUCACUCUUGAGUCUUGACUUUUCAUUAUGCGAACAAUUACCAAAAUAAAACGACAUCGCCUUAACAUUAAAGGCAGAUCAUGUUUUAUAAGUCUGAACGUGGCUUGACAACAUUUAGUAAUAACUAUUUAACAAGAAACGCAUGUUUACUUUGUUUAGGACAAUCUGUUACAUACUGUAUACUUAUCGCACAUACCUAUUUUCAUCUGAGCAUAACAUUUUAAUCCAUUAUUUGAUAACAUUGUAAGUUUUUUUUUCGAGAUUUUAAAGAAAUUAUUUCACUUUAAUUUGUGUAGUUUUUAUUCCUAAAGCUUUGUUUAACAGUAUUUUAAUUGUACUCUUUCAAUUGUCAUAUCUGUUGAUAAACCAACUCUUCACUACAAUAAUAAUUUAGAAUAGCAGCCACUUAUAUGUCGUUUAUACCUAGAAUUAUGCUUAGAAUUAUGUAUAUAAAGUUGUACAAAUAUUUAUAAAACCUGCCGUCUGUGCUUGUCCUGCUAAAGGUUUUUAAGUCGUCUUGUUACAUUUGUUUUGUUUAUAUUUAUUAUUGAUUUUUAUUUUUUUAUUAUAUGAUUAUAAGGAUCUUACACCAACUGUCUGUACAGACCGGACUAACUGUUUACGGCGGUAGCAAUGUUCGAGUCUCCACUAAACUGUUACCCCGAGAGCUAGAUAGUCAUCUCUGUGACGACAGCCGGUAUUGGAUUCUUUUCCUUGCAUAUCACAUAUCAACCAUAAUACAGAUAGAAAUUACGAAAUAUUUUUUUGCUUUUAGUAGCAUAUGAAUUAAAACUUUAUUCAUAACGGCAAAAUGACAUUAUUGUAAGAAGGCAAUUCAUACAUAAUCAUUGUAUGGUUUUUAUUUGUAAACAAUUGCAAAACACUUCUUUAUUUAGGUAUACUUCUUUUCCUAUAUCAUACCACUAAAAUGUUAAUUCUAAAUAAUGUUAUUUAAAUCAGAAAACACUUUCAAGUUUCGAUGAUUAAUUUUUAUAUU